CUCGCCCGCGGCCCCCUCCUCGCUUCUCCCCGCCGCCUCCCCGAGCUCCCCGGUCAGAGGGCCGGAGCGAGAAGAUGGCGAAGACGUACGAUUAUCUGUUCAAGCUGCUGCUCAUCGGCGACUCGGGGGUGGGCAAGACCUGCCUCCUGUUCCGCUUCUCCGAGGACGCCUUCAACACCACCUUCAUCUCCACCAUCGGAAUUGAUUUUAAAAUCAGAACGAUAGAACUAGACGGAAAGAAAAUUAAGCUUCAGAUAUGGGACACGGCGGGUCAGGAAAGGUUCCGAACAAUCACCACAGCCUACUAUAGAGGAGCCAUGGGAAUUAUGCUGGUCUAUGACAUCACAAAUGAAAAAUCUUUUGACAAUAUUAAAAACUGGAUCAGAAACAUUGAAGAGCAUGCCUCUUCAGAUGUUGAAAGAAUGAUCUUGGGUAACAAAUGUGAUAUGAAUGACAAAAGACAAGUGUCAAAAGAAAGAGGGGAGAAGUUAGCAAUUGACUAUGGAAUUAAAUUCCUGGAGACAAGUGCGAAAUCCAGCACAAAUGUAGAAGAGGCAUUUUUUACACUUGCACGAGAUAUAAUGACAAAACUCAACAGAAAAAUGAAUGACAGCAAUUCUUCAGGGGCAGGCGGACCAGUGAAAAUCACAGAAAACCGGUCAAAGAAGACCAGUUUCUUCCGUUGCUCGCUGCUUUGAUGAACUCUGUCAGAGACUGCAGCGCGCCCGGAGGGCCCCUCCUGCCUCUCAGAAAGCACAGGUCAGCCAGCCUCAGAAUCACACCGCCCGGCUGCUGCUGAGAGCACCGCUGAACUCGGACCUCUGCCGCAGAAGGCCCAGUGGACUCCAGCCUCCCGGCCUCGCAAAAGAACAGGCUCGUUUUUUCUUUCAAACAUGGAAGCAAUGACUUGGAGACACAAGCAGGACCUAACUUGUUUUUCCUUUGUUUUCCUGCCUGUUGCAGAAGCUGCUAUCUUUCUUUUUCACUUUGCACACAGUGUUACUCUCUCCCUUCUACAGCACAAUCUCCGACUCAUUUUUGCACACUUUUGUGUCCUUAAGUCGAUGGAUUUGUACAUUUGGGGUUGUAAAAAAAAGACAGGACAUUUAAAGCCGAGGCUAAUGUACUAAAAUUAAAGGACACGUGGUCUGGUUCCUAAGGCCAAAUGUUACUGCAUUGGUGCCAUUUUAUUUAAGGGGUUUGAUUUGUGAUUUUAUUAAGUAAAAAUCAUUGUCAUGACAAAAUCUAUUUUAAAAAUUCAUAAAAAUGCCCGUGUCUUCAUCAGAUCCUCGGUGUCUUCACCUCUUCAGAUUAUGCAGAGCUUUGCCCCAUUCUUGACCUUGUUCCCAGAGUCCAGAUAGCUCCAAGAAUCACUCUUUAAAUUGAUUACCUCUGCCUAAUCUGUGGAAACCACAGUGGGAAAUCACUAUAUUCUCACUUUUCCUGGGGUUUGUAUUUGCUCUUCUUUCCUGUGUUUGACUUAACUGUGAUUCCUCGGUGAUCUGAAACUGAACAUAUUCUAACAUUGCUGUAUUUUUCCUUGUGAAUUUCUUGAGCUGAAAUUUGACAUAGAGAGACGCCCCAUCUAGGAUUUCACUUCAGCAUCUCACUGCGAUUGUGUCACAUGAGGACUUGUAAUAUAUUUUUUCUUAGCUUCAUCCCUUAGCUUGAUGAUUGAGCUGAGAUACCCAGUUUCCACCAUAAUCCCUAUCCACGAGAGUUAAUGAAAGUUAGAUUGAGAUUUUAGUUUGCAGAAAGCUUACCUACACAGAGAGAGAUUAACUUGUUGAUAUAAAUUUCAUAGAGAUAACUCUUGGUAAUGGUGAAAAUAAUGAUUUGGGGUUCUUUUUUUUUGGGCGGGGGGAAGGGUUGUUAAUAAAAGUGAAUAGAUCUAGUGCAGCCUGUAGGAAAAGUCUUGCCUUUUCAUUAGAGAAAAUAUGGUCAAGGUUUCAGUUUUAAAACAGUUGUUUUCAAAUGUUUGAACGCAGUUCCAUCUGUUUAGGCUGAUUGUUAUAGAACUUGGUCUGGUCAUUUGGGCCAAAGCCAAUCAAAAGCUUAGUUGCCUUUCUUACCAAACACUGGUACUUGUAUGCCUUUCAUAGGUGAAACCAUCACAUAAAAAAAGUAGAGUUUAGUGUAUGUGCCAAAUUCAGAUCAUGAUGUCACUGCUGUUAUUUUAGCCUUUGGUGUCAUAACACAGAAGCGGAUCAUUAAGAGGGGAUUAGGGAAAUGAGUACUGUUAAUAAAUAUUCUUCCUGUGUAUGCCUACAAAGGCUUCUGUCACGCCUGAUAGUUAAGAAUGGGAGAUGGGAAUGGAAUGGGUUGGUUGUUACCACAGAGAAUUCUGCUUCAAAGUAAGAUACACUGUUGGAGUGCUUAUACUGGCCAACCUGUAGUACUUCUUUGACAAGGUAUGAAGACUUUAGUGGCUACAGAUGGUCGACUAGUGCUGUUUUUGUGGGUACACUGUACUACUGGUAACAAUUUCAGCUUCCUUGAUUUUUCUUUUUGUUGUUACCUAAAAGCUUAAAGUCACCUUUUGCUGUCCCAAUAUAAUGAGUAGAUCCAUGAUUAAAAGUUGACUGUAGGUCUACCAUCUUCAAAUUAGGUAUCUUUUGGAAAAUGAAAAGUAAUUUCUUAGAAACAUCUUAAAUUGACCGAUUUUCUCAAAAAAAAAAAAAAAAAUCCAAGCAGUUAAGCUUUCUCGAUGGUAACAAAGUACUUUCUAAAAGGCAAGUGAUAUGACACCAUGUAUGAAUGUAAUUCUCUUAGUAAUUUACCUCUUGACUAUUUGGUGUCUUAACACUUUGGUUUAUAUCUCAGGGGUUGUCUGCAAACCAAAACUGACAUAUUCUGUGGUCAGCUUUUGUUUUUGUUUUUUAACAGAAUACUUUGCUUUUGUUCUGUCUUUUCUUUCUUCUGUUGCCUUAUAUGGGUUAAUAACUAGUCUCCAUGAACUUCCCUUUGAAAGAGCCUGAAAAGUUAGCUGAGUCUGAAAGUGCUCUUUGAAGUAGCAGUGGAUUGGGAGUAUAUGCUCUGUUAUAUAGAAAUAAAUUGUCCUUGCUAUUUUCUUACAUUUAGCUUUGCUAAAUUGUAUAUAAUUUGAGCUAAGACCAUAGGAAAUCCCCUUUCUGCAUGAUAAAAUGACCCAAUAAAUAUUCCACUUUGCUUAAUAAUGUACAUAUAUAUGGUGCAUUAUUUUUUCUAUUUGUAGAUGAAUUUAGUGACAGAUAAUUGUCUGUUCCCUGCUGAAACGGAUGAAAUCUGGGUGUUUUUUUUUUGGUGAAGAUUUUUGUGGUCUUUGGGAGAAGGUACAUCAAGACUCGUGCAGCUGGAUGAGUGGUUCAGUGGCUUCACUUGAACACCAGCGCCUGACUGGCAGUGAUGAGCGGGCUAGACCUUUUCCAGAGGAGUCUGAGGGGAUCAGGCAGUGAGAAUGUGCUGUAACCAAGUAGCAUGCAAAGCGGUUGAUUGUAAACUGUUUCACUGGGAACUUAUUUUAGCUAUAUUCUACUUCCGACAGAUUAUGAUGAAAUAAUCCACCUGGGCAUCAGUUAGUAGGUGCCACAGGGUUUCUUACUCUUUACAUGAACAUUUUGUGCAGUCUUUGUUAUAAAUUUUCAGAAGACUAUACUCUUUACUUUGAAGGACUUUUUUAAUUAUACCUCAUUUAGCUAACUAGUAUUCUAAUACCUGGUAGAAAAACAGUGAGUCAGCCUUUACGCAUCCAACAAAAUUUUAGAUGAUGUGUUUUGUUUUGAACUGAAGGCAUCUUUGGGAAAGGUAGGUUGUAUUUUAGAUUAGAAUAGAACAUACAUGCCAUAUUCAAUAUAGAAAAAAAGAAAAAAGUAUUAUCUCCCUGUCAACAUUAAUAUAAUUAGCUGUGCAAUAUAGUUGAGAUUCCACUUUACAGGUUCUGAAUGCCAAGAUUCUAUUUUAAGGCCUAGAAAGGUUUUCCUGUGAUCUGUGAUACAUGUAAGCAGACAUUCUUUUCAAGUUCACGAUUUAGAUUCUUUUAUAAACUUAGUUUCUUAAUCUUUAAAGAUGAGCUUCUAAGCUUAAAAUUGUAGAACCACAUUUCAUUAUGUUGCUUUCCUGAUCUCAGAUUUUAAGCACUCAUUUCUGCAAUCAGGUUUUUUAGAAUUUUUUUUUUUUUAACAAAAACCACAUUUCUUUUUCCUUCUUGUUACAUCCAAAGGAAGGAGGUGGAAAGGAAUGUCUAAAAAUGAAAUCCCUUGACGUGGAGGGACCUAGAGGGAUAGGAUAUGCUAAUAAAAGUUAAAAUUCUAGUAAAAUUUUACAAUAGAAUCAAUGUCUUUUUUUAGACUAAUAAAUUAGUGUUGUACACUCUGAAAAACAUCUAAAUGAAAUGUACAGAGAUGAAAAUUAGCAAGCAGUUAUUUUUGAGAUAUUUUCAGGUUUUAUUCCAUUUCUUGAAAUGUCUGUGCCAUAUGCAAUUGCAUUUCCUGUUGCCAAGAACUAAUAGAACUUCUUAUUUCAUAUUCUUACCUUUUUUAAAAAUGUGAAUUUAAUUGUAGUUCAUGCCUCUGGCCUUAUAGUUGGGUUCUAUUGUGUGUGUUUGCAGUAGACACUGCAGCUCCUUUAAUGCAAAAUACCCUAAACUAUUUGAAUAAAAUUAUGUCCGAUUGGGAAAUAUCUAGUUUUCCCAUAAAAUUAUCCUGCUGUGUAUGUAUGUUAAAACAUAUUUUAUUUUUUCUCCAAUGGCUUAAUGUGAAAAGUUCCUGCAGAUAAAGUAGACCUGUCAUGUGGUUAAUCUUGUUUAAGCCAAUUCAUUAACUGUGUACUGAUACUGAUGCUGUGUUUUUAAAAAAAAAAAAAAUUUAUUCCAGGUGAAUUUUUUUUAUAAUAAUGUUCAUCUAAAAUA